AUGUUUAUUCAAGCGUUUCGUUUGGCCCCCUCCCAUCCAAGUUCUGAAGCCGCCCCUGGUGGCAAUUCUGGUGGAGAGUCGGCGACCUUGGAUGUUAUUCUUAAGGAUAUUCGUGAGAUGAAGAAGCUGGUCACAACAGUUUCAACUCUUAUCGAAGACAUCAAAUCUAUUAAAGUUGAAUUAAUCCAUCUGAAGGAGUCUUGUGAGUACAACAGUAGUUCACUUAAAUAUUUUCAAGAUCAAGUCUCCAGUUUGGAACGUGGUGUAUCUCAGAUUGAAAAGAUUCAAAAUUCUCUCGCUGUGGCCAACAAGGAAAAUAAAGGGCAUCCCCCUAAAACCCAAUAA